AUCCCACUGUUUCUAAUUGGAUGGGGGUAUCACCCCUCCUCCUCCUCCUCUCCUCCUCCUCUCCUCCUCCUCCUCCUCUCCUCUCCUCCUCUCUCUGGGUUAUUGUCACUGACAGUCGGAUUAUUCCCGCACAGUAGCAGCCUGCUCUUCAUCCUCCUCCUCCUCCUCCUCCUCCUCCUCUCGGUCCGACAAUGCGGGCACCAACUAAGGAUUUAUAAUUUCUUCCUGCGCUCCGCGCCGCUCAGUCCUCUGCUCCACGGAUUGUUCCAGUGAUGUCACCACAUCCACAGAACUGAUCGAUCAGCUUGAGUUGAAAGAAACAGCAUCGAGGAUCAGACUGACACCAGCUCCUGCACCAUCCACCCGUCCACCCCUGAACCCAACCUCCCCUCACCCCUCCCACAGCUCCAGGACUCUCCAAGGGUUCCUCGCCGGGUUCUCCAAGGGUUCUCUGUGGUGUUCUGGACAGCUCCAUACGCCUCGGGGCCUCGGACCUUCAUGCGUCUCCCAGCGGCAGAGUCCACCCACACCUCCACCCACCACACCACCACUACCAUGAGCUGUGAGCAGGAGUUUGGAGACGGGGCCAUGGGAGUCACGCUCACACUGCGCCUCCUCAUGCACGGGAAGGAAGUCGGAAGCAUCAUCGGCAAGAAAGGAGAAACAGUGAAGAGAAUACGAGAAGAGAGCAGUGCGAGGAUCAACAUCUCAGAGGGCUCCUGUCCAGAGAGGAUCAUCACCAUCACCGGGCAGACGGACUGUGUGUUCAGAGCCUUCACCAUGAUCACGUUCAAACUGGAGGAGGACCUGGCAGCGCUGGUGGCUAACGGCACGGUGACCAGUAAGCCUCCGGUCACCUUGAGGUUGGUGAUCCCGGCCAGCCAGUGCGGCUCUCUCAUCGGCAAGGGAGGCUCCAAGAUCAAGGAGAUCAGAGAGACGACAGGUGCCCAGGUGCAGGUGGCAGGUGACCUCCUCCCCAACUCCACAGAGAGAGAGGUGACGAUAUCAGGGAGCCAGGACGCCAUCAUCCAGUGUGUGAAGCUCAUCUGCACUGUGAUCCUCGAGUCUCCACCAAAGGGAGCGACGAUUCCAUACCGACCCAGCCCGACCCCGGGCACUGUUCUGCUGGCAGGAAACCAGGUGUUCGAGGCGUCAGACUUCGGCUCUCACCCCUUGUUCUCGGUGGCUCAGGGAGGAGUCGACCUGCAGCAGACGUACGCAGUACAGAGUCACUACGGCAUUCCACAUUCAGAGUUGGCAAAGCUCCACCAGUUGUCAAUGCAGCAACAGGGCCUGGCCCCCAUCAGCCAAUCAGCUACACAAGUUCUACCUGGAGGGAUGGACACCUCCUCCCAAACCACGUCUCAGGAGCUCCUCAUUCCAAACGAUCUGAUUGGCUCGAUCAUCGGUCGCCAGGGCACCAAGAUUAACGAGAUCCGGCAGGUAUCAGGGGCUCAGAUCAAGAUCGGCAGUCAGAUCGACAGCACCAGUGACCGUCACGUCACCAUCACGGGCACGCCGAUAGCCAUCAACCUGGCCCAGUACCUAAUCACUUCAUGUUUAGAGACCGCCAAAUCCACCGCCCAGUCCUCCUCCAUGCCGUCUCCCGUUGACCUGACCAUGAGCUUCACCCAGCCCGCCCCCCCUGUCUCCGCCUCGUCCUCCUCCUCCUCCCCCCUGGCAGCGAUGGGUGCUGCACUGCCCCACGCUCCCAUCCUGGGCGCUCCCUACGCCCUCCCCCUCUCCAGCCUCCUGGGGAUGAAAUCCAUCCCUUACCUGGCACUCUCCACCCCUCAAACCUCAGCAGCAGCGGCGGCAGCGGCUGCUAUCGGGGCUCCCAUGUUACCGGGUUCGAUGCAGACGGCGACGGCGGGCGUUCCCGUUCAGGCUCACGCGGCGGCGGCUCUGGCGUCCUACACGGCCAAGAUCUCCUCCUCAGCCAAUGGGAUGAAGAAGCCGGAGAGACAGAAGUUUGCGCCGUACUAAUGAAGGAAUGAAAGGAUGAGUUUGCAUCACUGAGUUAGCUUCCGGGAACCAGGCGGGUUGUUAGAUGGAGGGCAGUUUUUAUUUUCCUUCUUUUACCGUCUCUUAUUGCUCCUUUUCUCUGUUCUCACUUCUUCUUCCUCCCCUCCAUCGUUUCUUUUCUUAUUGAUAACUCAAAAAUAUCAAAGUGGGAUCAUUGGCACGUGUUUGAUUUCAGCUGAGACGACAUGAAAGACAUGAACGGCAAAAAAUAAGGUUUUUCACACAGAGUCGUGUCAUCGACGUAAACAAGAGAGAACUGAGCCUUGAUGACUGCAGCUGCAGCUCUUCGUCUCACUGUGGCUUCUUCUGUUUGUACUGCUAACGAAGGAAUGAUAAUAAUAAGCACUAAUGACGCUCCCUUAACUUGGGGACACAUUUCCUUCUACUUCUUCACAAUCAAAGCCUUUGACUCUGAUGUAGCAGAAAUGAGAGUGCUGUCAACAGUCAAAUAAGGCUGAUAUGUGAAAACAGAAACAGGAACACAGGAGUGAAGCUAAUCUCUACAGCAAACCGAUUCAGUUAGACCUUUAAAAUCUGAGCUUUCUCUCUGGUGCAUCCACAUGAUCUAUCCGUGGUCGCCCCCUACUGUGGAAACACGUCAUCGCGGCUCGGCACAGUGCAGCUAAACAGGACUGACCUGGAGUCUUUGGAAAAACCUGAAGAAAGAGCAACUAAAGAGCCGAAAGUAACGCCGGUUAUUAAAUUACUUCUUGUGCAAACUCACACUAACGGACAUAAGAUAACUCAGAACCUGCUGCCAAACUGUUAACUGAUGAUAGACUGCAGUGGCUCAUGGGUAAUCAGAGAUGCAGUGACGGGAGGUCGUCAGAUUUCAUGCUGAUCUCUGUCUGAGCUCCACGCAGGGAAAAUAAAUGAAAGAAGAGAUAGAAGAUAAAGACAUAAAGCUCUCCAUCGUCACCUUUCACUUCCUCUAACAGGAUGCAAGCAUCAUGUUUGUGUCAGCUUUCUCAAAAGAGUUUUUAUUAAAUCCUCAAAGCCCGGCGAGCGAGGCGAGGACCGAAAAACACCAAAAAUAUCCAGCUCAGUGUCGGCGUGUCUGAUCACUCACGAUACUGACAGUUUAUUCAGACCAGACGCGAGGCGAAUUAUUCGUGCAUGUAGAGUAUUAGUGUCGCUGAUGUCCGGACACUCCGAACCAGAAAUGGAGUGGAAGGUUACAGUCAUGGUCGUUUGCGGAUAUCCAGAGCUGUUCGAUUAAACAUCUGCUUGUAGCGAGACAGGACUAAAAGGAGCUGGCGUGGAGGAAAGUGUGGGAGAAAGUCAGACUGCCUGGUAAGUCAUGGAAAUAUGUCUCAGCACAGCAAAGCCCUGAUCACGGAAAUGUAAUGUUGUUAUUUCAACGUCUUCUGAUCCAUUUAUUGCUUCAGAUCACAGAGAAAUCUCUUUGUUUUGGGUUCAUACUGAUGCGGUCAGACAGAUUUCUUCAGUCUACUUGCUGGUCACAGUUAAUAUAUAUAUAUAUUUUUAUUUUAACACACCUAUUAAGAAACUUCCACUCAGUAGAGACAGAUGGUCGGCCUCAGGUAGAGCUGGAAGCUGCCGUCAUCCAGACGCAGAAAUCCAGUGAUGCGAAUGAUAAUUAAGAAUCCUGCAGUCAAAUUCACGUCUGACACGAGGCGAAUAUUCUCCUCACGUUUGGUCUGAACACAUUGUUGUUAUCAGGCAGCAUGUGAGAUAUUUUUUUGACUUUUCAUUUCUCAGUGGUGAUUAAAAAUGUGCAAAAGUAGACAAUCUUGUACAGCCGCUUCCUCCAGACGAUGGAUAACUAUCAACUAUCUGCUGCGUCUAAUUCACUGGUUUUAUAAACCACUCAGGGUCGCUAACUCCUCUCCACUUCCCCUCCGGUCUUUAACACGGUCAUCCCUCAGAAAGGUCAGCCAGCUAAUUCGUCUGAUUAUUUUGGGGAAAACUAAUUCUUCACGUCUCACAGCCUUUAAAUAUGUUCUUAUCUUUGAUUACACACAGCAGCUGAACCUGCUGAGGUCUUUUAAUUAAGAAGAUAAUAUAUGUAACAGAAUAUAUUACAUUUCAUAUCUCACAUUACACCAAACUCUGGUCUAAUGUUUCCUGUAGUACAUGUAAAUAAAUAUCAUACAUGUAUUUUAGUUUAACCAUCAGUCUUUGAGUUUAAAGGUGAUUCAGCCUCUUGUAUAAAGGCUCAAUUUUAACUGUUUUGUGUCUGAUGAAUAGAGACAGAUGUGAAACUGAGGAGGACGUUCACAUCUAACGAGGUGAAUUAGGAGUUUAUUUGAUUAUAACGGAGUUGAUGAUGACUGCAUGUCUGGUGGAUUUACUGAGCGUUUCGUCACCUGUUUCUGGUGAAACAGGAAGGAUCUUGUGCGGUUGGUCCUCUCCACAGCGCUGUCAGAGGCAGAAGCAGUAAUCAGUGGGCGGACUUUGCUGCAGCCUGUUUUGCAGCACUCUCAAAAAAAAACAUUCCCAUCAGUCGCUUAGAAACAAAAUCAGGGUCCACGUUGAAAAAUACCCUUUAAAUAUACCAUAAACCACAGACACGUUCAGAAACACGGAGUUAGCAGAAUGUGAACUGUGGCAGCAGGUCUGAGCGUUUCAGCCGUUUCCAAUCAUCCCACUUUACGUCUUUCACUCAAAGUCUUUGAGUUUCUUUCAGCCUGUUUUCCGGAGCUCUGCCCUCGUCGAGUGACCGCGUGGAGGUUCAGUGUUUGUAGCUUCUGUACGAAGAUGUUAAAGGUUAUUUGGGCCACACAGCCUGUAAAAGCCAUAGAGACUAUUCAGCUUUCCCUCCUCGUCUGUCCCCUGCUCCUUAUUCUAUUGUAUACUCUCAUAUUUAUUGACUAAUAUGAAAUAUUCCCUCAGAGAGUUUAUAUCACUGGUCACUAACACUGAGCUGAACGACUCGGCUUUUGUAUACAAUGAUGUCUACUUGUAUAUGACGACUUCCUUUCUGCUUCCUGUCUGUUUGACUCUUUAGUUUUAGGUUGUUUUUUCUUUGUUGUUGUUGUAUAGAGUUUUCUUUUUAAAAAAAAAAAAAAACAUACAACAGAUUUGAAAAUGUCUUCUUGUGUUAACAGUCUGCACUUCUCAUUUGAAAUGUGUUGUUUAAAUUAUUUUUUAACUUAUUCAGAGGAGUAUUACAUUUUACAGGUUUAGACAAACAGAAUUUUCUUUUUUUUCCCAACAUGGCUGCAGGUAAAUACUGUAAAACUGUGUUUGAGAUUGUUUUGGGUUUUUUUUUUAGUUGUGUGAACAAAAUUAACUCUUUUUUGUUUGUUUUUAGGGGGAAAUACUGAUCACUGUACCAUUAAUGCUAAUAACCAGAUGUUUUGUUAGAUAGACGAGUAGUGUUUUCACUUGUGAGCUCAAACUGGACAUUUCAUCGCACACACACUUUCUAACCUGGGACGCGUGUUUGUUAAGAAUCUACUGCUUCACGACCUCAAGCGUCCACAGAACCAGAACCAAGUAGAACUGCCACUUCCUGUACGAGCUGGUUUUACAGAAUAAAACCAUGGAUGUUCAUAUUUCCUUCGAUUUAAAGGUGCAGCACCACCACACUGUGCUGUUCUGCAGCUCACAGAAACAAUCAGACAUGCUUUUAUUUUCUCUUCAUACGUUGUUUUGGUGAACGGACAUGUCGGCAUCUUAGUUAAAUAUUCUUUAGCACAUAUUGAUCGACCCUGUCAGCUCAGAGCAGAUACUGCAGGGACACACUGUGAUUAGAACAUGGUAAGUAGAUAGUAAUGACCAAAAAACUUAUUAAUUACUUUCAGAUCCCCCCAAAUUACCAGAAUAAUUACCUCAAUUAAUUAAAUAUUUCAACAUAUUGCAUGAAAUUAAUCUUUGUUUUCUAAUAAGCAGUUAAUAAAUAUCUGCUCAACUCCUGCAUUUGUUGAAGUCCUGUGGUCCCAAAAUAUAAAACUUUUUCUGACGCUUCAAAAUCAAAAGCUUGAUUUCAGGGACGUUUUCCUACAAAAUAUUGUUGUGGGAGUGUUUCAGAUAUUGUAAUUGUGGUGUGAUAUUGUAGCCAGACUCUUUUAUGUAAACUCACUGAUAGAGUUUAGGAUAAUAACACAUUUACGUAAUGUAUGUUAGGCAGCAGAUCACAAUGAACAAUUUAUGUUUUCUUCCAUUAUUUUAAAUUAGAGGUUUAGGAAAUGUGUCCCAAAAGUUGGACUGAUCUGCUGAAAUUAUACAGAAAUUAGUGAAAAUAUAGAUAAUAACAAAAAUGUACCUUAAUUUACUGACCUGCAGAAGGUGGACGGAGUUUUAUAUAAAUACUGGGGAGGUCAUUUUAAUAAAUCUAAAGGUAAUAAUUGUGGUAAUUUGGGGGAGAUUUUCAAAGUAAAGCGUCACCAAAACAAGCUCAGCACGCUUGAAAUCACAUUUUCCUUCAGAUUCAAACGGAGAAUCCAUCCGUCUCUCAACAUGUGACGGAUGGAAUCGACAUCGUUCAUCAUCAGGCAUCUUUCAGUCUUCUGACGACACGUUCAUGAAAGUUAUUUAUGUGACGAUGUCAUUAAAUCAGUCAAAUCAAGUCAUGUCACGUGGAAUCAUAUAUACUGUAAGGUAAGAGUGCUGUUGGAUCUCACUGUUAUUAGACUUUAGUGUACCGACACUUUUAAACUGUGGAUUUUGAUCCCGGCUGUGUUCAGGUGACUGAUGGUGGUUCUACUUGUUGUCGUUCUGUGGCGGAGUCCCUCCUCUGUGUCUGUGUGUGAGAGUAGAAACCAACGUUUAUUUUAUUGUUCUUUUAUUUUUAUCUCUUUUUUUUUUCAUCCAAACUUGAUGCUCAGCUCGGUUUACCGUCCCUGCCGGAGUGUCAGAGACUAAUGCUGCAUGUUUGCUUGGCCUCACUAACACACA